AUGAUUCCCCGAUGGAACAGCAAGGAAACAGGCCUACUUCUGAGCCAUGGUGUCUUUCUCAUGCUAAGAACAUACCUAUCUCUGGUGGUGGCUAGGCUGGAUGGUGAGAUUGUACGGGAUCUGGUGGCCGGGAAAGGAAGAGCUUUCAUUUGGGGCAUCAUAAAGUGGUGCAGCAUCGGCACUUUCGCUUCAUACACAAACGCUAUGAUCAAAUUUCUAAAAUCGAAGGUUUCUAUCGCUUUCCGAACACGACUUACUCGCUAUGUACACGACCUUUAUUUGAACGACAACAUGAAUUACUACAAGUUGGGCAAUCUUGAUGGAGCUAUUGGCCAAGGAGUUGAUCAGUUUAUUACCCAGGAUCUCACCCUUUUCUGCAGCGCUGUUGCAUCGUUAUAUUCUUCACUUGGAAAACCCCUGGUCGACCUUAUCGUUUUCAACUACCAGCUUUAUCGUUCGUUGGGUCCACUGGCUCUAACUGGUAUACUAAGCGGGUAUAUUGGCACUGCAUCACUUCUCCGUGGCCAUUCCCCUCCAUUCGGGAAACUCAAGGCAGUGGAAGGGAAGAAGGAAGGCGAUUUCCGCAGCCUACAUUCCAGGCUAUUGGCGAAUGCCGAAGAGAUCGCGUUCUAUGGAGGUGCUGAUAUCGAGCGGGUAUUCCUUUCGAAGAGCUUUGCCAAUCUUCAACGAUGGAUGGAAGGUAUAUAUAAGUUGAAGAUACGAUAUAACAUGUUCGAAGACAUGUUAUUGAAGUAUUCGUGGUCAGCUUUUGGGUAUUUAAUCACAUCACUACCAAUUUUCCUUCCAGCAUGGGGUGGAGCUGGCGGAAUUCUCGAGAUGGCUACCCCUGGAGCGGGUAUCAACCGAGAACGGGGCCCAUCAAGGAUUUAUCGGAGCUCGCUGGAUAUACCUCGCGCGUAUACACAUUGA